AUGGACUCCAAUAGCUCCAACAGUUUCGUCGCAACCGACGAGCCCAAGUUCCCAAUGCAGGAAUACCUGCAGGAACAUUACCUUGAAUUCGCUCCUAAUGGGAAGUCGAUAAGAUGGACACAUGACAACCCUCGACACCCUAGGAACUGGCCUGUAUGGAGGAAGACUUUCGAUAUUGGAAUAAUCUGUGCACUUGAUCUCUUCAUUACCGCGAGCAGCACUGCUGGCGCUGCUGCCGCCGCCCAAGCCCGCCACGAAUAUAACCUUGACUACACCUUCUCCACCUUUUGCUUCGUGACUUUGUCAGUUCCUCCUUGGACAGUCCGUGGGCAACAUCAUCUUCCCCCUUGGACAGAAUCCUUCGGGCGCAAGAAACUGUACAUCAUCAGCAGCGGAGUGAGCUGCGUUUGCUGUGUGGUGAUCGGAGUCGUCCAUUCCCUUCCUGCAGCCAUUGUUAUGCGAGUCCUCGCCGGCCUUCUCUCAGCAGUCCCAGGCACAAUCAUCGGAGGAAGCAUCGAGGAUAUCUUCAACUCCCAGGCUCGCAUCUGGGUUGUUUACUUCUGGACAAUCGCAUCGAACAUCGGUUUGAUUAUCGGUCCCAUCAUGAGCAGCCAUAUCAUUGAGGCUCUUAACUGGCGAUGGGUCUUCUAUAUCUAUGCCCUCAUCAUCGGCACCAUCACCGGUCUCCUUUUCUUUAUCCGCGAAUCUCGUUGCUCCCUUCUUUUGACCCAUGAGGUUGACACCAUGCGUCAAGAGAUUCCCUCUCUCCCCCGAGCUCUCAACCACGAUCACUCUCCCGACAUACGCACCUUCAUGAAAGAAGCCCUUUUCCGCCCUGCCCAGCUCUUCUGUCAAGAGCCCAUCAUCUUCACCAUCGCCAUGAUAAUUUCCAUUGCCAUGUCUCUCAUUUACAUCUUCACCGAGGCUCUGCAGCCCAUCUAUAUGUCGAUGGGAUUCUCUGCUCCGCAGUCAUCCCUCAUUUUUAUGGCCAUCGGCCUCGGCACUUGUUUCAGUGCUUUGACUCGUUUGUUGGAUUACCACAUCUUCAACAAGCGACGCAUCCAAGGGCGGCCCAUCAAGCCAGAGGACAAGCUCACUGGCUUAGCUAUCGGUGCACCGGUCCUGGCUGCUGGAUUGUGGUGGUUCGGCUGGACCAUCCCACCACUUAUCCAAGGACCCACUAUCCCUUGGAUCGUUCCAACUGUUUCGCUCGUCUUGGUCGGGUAUGCCCUGACUGAAAUCGACAGCGUCCUUUACGGUUAUAUCUCGGAUAGCUAUCUCAGCUAUUCUGCGAGUGCCACCGCUGCUGUAGCUUUCUUCCGUGGUGUUUUGUCUGGAGUCGUGCCUCUUUUCACGCGCCAGAUGUUCAGCGGACUCGGUGCCAACAUCGCUGUUUCGAUCCUUGCAGGUGUCGCAACACUCUUCUGCGUCGUCCCUCCAAUUUUCCUGUGCUUUGGAGAGCGGAUUCGCCAACGAAGCAAGUUCGCCAAGUAUAGCUGGCAGAUCCAUGAGGAACUGGGAAAGGAACUUGAUGAUAUUUAA